AUGCGCAAUUCGGUCGUCGUGGGAUUUGCAGAAACUGUUGACUGCGACGAAGAAUUACCAAAGUGCACACUGUGCAGGAAGCGCAAACUUGAGUGCACUUACCCACCUGACCCGGACAGUCCGAACUCACUCAGUGUUCGGGAUGGUUCUGACAGUGGACCGCUGACACCGGGUGGUGAUCUGCCCCUGCCUACCCGCAUGUUGGAGAUGCGGCUCAUGCACCAAUAUCUCACCUCGACCUAUUUAUCUUUAUCGCAAGAUGGACUAUCUGCGUACCAUCUAUCGAUCACAAUUCCUCAGCUGGCCACUUCCCAUCCCUUUCUCCUGGACAGUAUCCUAGCGCUGACCGCCCUCCACUUGGCCUCUAUUGAAACCGAUAACCGUCAAUCAUGGCUAGAAGCCGGAAUGCGGUACCAAAGUCAGACCUGCGCUGGUCUUGGGAAAUGUCUACCUGAAAUCACCGAGCAACAAUAUGAGCCGGCUUUUGUGGCUUCAGUGUUCAUCCUGCUGUUCGCCCAGGGAUUUCCUGUGAUAUCAACUGAUUCCCACACCGCCGAUGCAUUUUCAAGAGUGAUGGAAGUUCGCACAUUGAUUUCCGGUAGCGCUAUGUUUUUUCACAAACUCAACGACCUCAAGAUAGAAGGAGUGCUCGAUGGGUGGCUUAGUCCACCUGAUACGGAAGAGACGCUAGAACCCCCGCCGCAGAGCGACGAGGUGCACUUUGAAGACCGCGAGCAGUUGUUCGAAAUUCACAAAAAAAUAAUGCAAUCCCUUGGAUCCCUGGAAUCCAUAAUCAAAACAAAUCCAUCACCGAAUCAGGCUUUGUAUAAUUCCACAUUGCAAUUCUUGCAACACGCCAUUGAGCCGUGGCCCAAAAUUGGCGCCCACGGUGGCGUCAUCGCGUGGCCUCUUUUCAUCGCAGAAGAGUUCAUCACGUUGGUCCAAGACGGAGACUGGGUUGCCCGCAUUCUGUUCUUACAUUAUGCCACUGCCAUGCGCCUCGUGUGCAAUCGUUGGUACGUCCGGGAUUGGGGUCGACGACUCGUCCUUGAGACAAUACAGCCACUACAGGAGAUCCCGCCUAUGUGGCAAGAUACUAUUUCGUGGAUGAGACAGGGCAUUGAAGGCGAUCAAGCGCCAUUAGCACACAGAUUUGUCAAAUCAGAAUCAUGA